CGAGCUUACGGCUCUCAAUCGGUCGCUCUAAGAGCAUGCGCUCUUCUAACAGCAGCGUACGUUACAUGAGUAUUAUCUGGCCGCGCUCUCCUACCGGUCGCAAAGAGGAAAUUCCCCCGGUACCUCCCGUGCCUGUAAAGCCCACUUCUCUCGUCUUACCGUCUCCCGCCUCGCAACUGCCAACUUCGCCAGACAGUCGUGGGAUAUCAUCUGUUUCAACCUCAUACGCUCAGGCCAAACGCGAAGUGUAUGAGAUGCUCGGUCUGGAACUAACUCCGACACCUCGCGUAUUACGCCGUGCUCAGUCCAUGUCCUCACUGCAGACACUCUCAGCAGCACUGUCUAGUGCUUUCACAGGUCCGCCGACAGAAUCACCGGCUGCGUCGAGUGUCGGCCCGUUACCCUCACCUUUGAUAAAAUCGUGGAAUAUCGACUUCAAGGGACGUCCCAGGCGGUCAUUUUCGGUGAACGGGCCUUUCUUCAUGUUUCCUCAAUUUCUGCAGAAUGUGUCGGAGGACACCGUAUUUGAGGACGAGUCAGUUAUAGAAGAUUAAGACGCCAGGAACAAUCCGUCCCCACAGCAGGACUGAAUGAAUACUCUUUUAGAACAUAGUUAUCAACAGAUCACUCGCUCAUCGCUGCAAUCUCUUUCCCCUCG